GUCACAAAGCAAAACUCGGUUAUUCACAAACGAAGAACCAAAAACUAACCCUCUUUUUUUUUCCCUACAAUUUUAAUAUAACAAAUGGAUUUCAUUCCCUCCAUUUUCUCCUUCAAACGCAGAACCUCUCUCUAGCCGUUUCCAAAUUCCUCCGUUUUCUUUUUUUCUUUUUCUUUUCAUUUUCCACUAAAAAAAAUAAAUAAAGGAAAGAAAAAGAAAAAAAGAAGCGAGAUGAGGUUUUUCUUCGAGUUCGUGUCUUGUUGCGGCCUGCCGACGCAGCGUUCGCCGGAGCCAGUGGUUCCAGCGAAGGAGGAAGAGAGGUCACUGGUUCCGGCGACGGCCGUCGCCGUUGUGCCCUCCCGUAAGAAGAUGAGGAUGGGCUCGGCGGAGUGGAGGCCGUCGCUGGGGUCAAUCUCGGAGGAUGUUACGCCGCCGGCGCCGGCGCUGAGGGAUAGAGAGAGUCCCCGGAAAGGUGAGGUGGCCUCCGCUGGAAGGGACGCGAAGAAGAGGAGCGCCAGUGGUGGCGGAACUGCCAAGGUUCGGCACCGGAGUUUCAGCAACGCUUAUUACGGGUCAGCACCUUCCAUGCCGACGAUGAUACCAACAUUCUCUCCGACGCCAUUUAUGUUCUAAAGUCUAAACAUUAGACUUGAAUUUAUAAUAGCAAAUGUGUAUAUAUACGUACUACUUGAAUUGGGGUUAAAAAAAAAGCACUGUACAAGUGUCAUUUUGCAUUGUGAAUGCAACUGUAGCCUUUUUUUUUAUCACUCCAUUGUUUAUAAAUGAAUACAUAUUCUUCCUAA